CUUCGCGGUUUUUUUUAUACAUGUAUGUCGAUACACUAUUUCGUAAAGCUUGCAACUAUUGUGUGCAGUAGUAGCGAAAUGAGCACAAAGAAGUUCAAGCGAGUGAAACAAACUGAUUUAAUAGACUCCAGUGGCGACAAAGCUAACUUGAGUAAAAACAGUUGCGCUGAGAAGAGGAUAUUUCAGAAGCAUGAAAAUGAAAGGAAGGAAGAGACGCCGUCUGUAGAUGUUCGAUUCUCAAGAAGACUGAAAGAGAGAGCUGAAAGGAAACUUCACAUACCAUCAAGAGAUGAGAUAUUGAAAUCAUUGGUACCACAAGGAACACCAAGCAAAGGUUAUAAUCACCUGAGACCAAGAAAGUUAAUUAAUAAUUUCUUCAAAGUACAUAAUCAGUACAACUAUGACCCUGAUUACUCAAGUGAUGGAGAUGAUAAAGAUGAUUUUAUACAGUACACAGAUGAAGAGAGUAGCAGUGAAUCAACAGAUGCUGAUUCUUCAAAAAGCGCAGAUUCUGAAUCAGAGUGUGCUAAUGCAAAGAUUCUUUCUACAUGUAACAGGGGACGACAUGGGUGUGGGAACAGUAGAGAUAGGCAGAAAAUAAAAAGUAGAAACAAAAGAAAAAAAUCAUAUGCUGAAUCAUCUCAGAGAAAGCAAGCAACUAUCUUAUCAUCGGAUGAGGAAUGUACCAGUGAUGAAGUCGGGAGAUCAAAGGCUAUUCAGAAAAAUAAAGUUGGGCAAAAACGAAAGAAGUCGUUUGAUUGCUCUCCAUCCAGUGAUGAAAGUAAUGAGAAAGUGUUUGUGAGGAAAAGAAAAUCUUCAACAUCUCGCACUUCUGCUUUGGUGUCUUCAGAUGAAGAAAAAGAGGUUUUCACCGUGCGGAGGAAAUCUCAUCGUGUGAGAAACUCAGAUUGGCAAAAUAAACUUGCGGCAUAUAAAGCGCAAAGACAACUAAAAACUGCAAAUAAACAGCAUGUAUCUACUGAUAAUUCCUGA